GGCACACACACAAUCUUCGGCCCGCAUACCGCACAGCUAUAUCUCAAGAUAUCCCCUUCCUGCCUACACUGCUAUCCGCCAAUCGAAACAAGAAGAGUCCGACGCCCACAGCAACACCAGAUCAGCAUGAGACCGAACGACUAUCCCACGGUAUCGCUCCCGAUCACCUCAACGAAGACGAGCAGACGGAGUUGGCCCUUUGGGUGGGCCCCGCCACGGCCUUCAUCAAUUCUUCGAGGGGGGUCUCGCUGUGGUCCCUGGUCAACCUUGACAAAGACGGCACGUGACAGGCGACGCGCCGAGCUGCUUCGACGCCGACACCUUCUCGCAUGUUGAAGGAGGCUGCCGCAUCGAGUGGAAACCUCGAGGUUCCCCCACCAUCGGGCCUACGCCGUCCAUACUCUUGAGGAGCUGGGAGCGCCCGCUAGGGUAACGUUGUUGGUGAAAGCCUGGACCGUGUGGUGGCGUCCGAGGUCAUAUUGCUAUCCACGACUAAACCAUCGGUGCUUCGAUUACUGCCUUCCUUCUCUGAUGGAACUGCUGCUCGUGGGCGGUUGACUAUGGCCAAUCUCCACUGGAGAAUUAUUUCCGUGAUAUAGACUUUGUGUGUCUUGAGCCGUUCGUUGUGUGAUGCAUGCUAUGUUGCUACCCUUUGAUGGUGGCAGCGGUGGUGGUGGAGUUAGUGCUGUUGAUUGUAGCUCGGCUCCUGUCGUGCUGGCGGCGUGGGAAUUCUGUUCAAAAGUGGAGAGACGCUUUGUAUAUCGUACGCUGACAAUGCUCUUCGAGACGGGGAUAUACGUUCAUCAAAUUUGAUCCUUUCUUGUUCAACCUGUGGUGCGCCUCUUGUCCCCUGGUGUACGGUGCUGUAGUGUGCUGUGCUGUUCUCGUAUCCUUUGCGGUAGUGGUGAACUCUGCUGAACGUACGUGGCAAUUGCUCGCAGUCUUGUUUACUCUUUCUGAUUGUCGUCGUGAAUGGAUGGAGCGGAUGAAGAACGCUGCUUCAUCCGCUUGUAGUCAUGUGUGUAGAGCAAGAUUGAUCAGUUUGUCGGAUCCGAAUCGUUUGGUUCGCCAGCAGCUUUAACCGGCUUCUUAACGGGGAUUUUCGAUAGACCUGGGGCUUGUUUUUUCCCGUAGGUCGGUUAAGUCUAGGUAUUGGUUAGCUGUCUCGUAAUUAACCUGUACGAUGACCAUUCGACCACUAGACCACUAGUCAGCGCCGACUGGUAACCUGACUGUAGUGGUCUAGUGGUCAUCGUGCUUCGGGCUGCUGCGGUACACUUCGCAGGUGGUGUUGACCUUUAUACUAACAUUUCGAUAUGCACGAAGCACCUAAAUUAGCUUCGGACUUUGUAGACGCGUUGAUGGGCGGUGUUGGACGGGGUUAUGCUGAAGAAUAUAAUGCGGAUGAACUAACAAUAUCUUCAACAGGUCGCCGU